UGGAUUAAUGGUUGCUGGAGAUUGGCGAUAAAAUGUUCAGGCAGGCAAUGCCGACAAUACUGCCGCUUUUGGUAAAGCUACUUGGCCGCGAUUGUCGGCGCUCGAUUUCUAUGGUUGCGCUCACGUGCUUCCGGAUCUAGACAAGUUGCAAAAAACCUCUCUUGCACUGCUUUGCUCGGCUUGUCCGCUGCUUCCCACUACUUUUCUUUUUGAAUUUUUCUAGCUAGUUCGUGAUUGCGAGCAGAAUAGAUAAUGUCGAGACAUAGAGCGGUCAGAAACCUUGACCUUGACGACGAGCUUUACGACGACUUUGGCGAGUCCACAUAUGACGAGCUGCAGGAUAUCUCUGAGGAGGACGAGGCACGGCUGCUGGAGGGAGUCGAGGCCGUCAAGGGCGUUAUCGGCCGUAGCACAGGCAUCAGCGACCAGGAGAUCAAGGAAACGCUGUAUUACUACUACUUUGACAUCGACGCGUCCGUAGCCUGGCUGCAAAAGGAGCACAAGCUGAAUAAGAAAGGUGAGGAUAUUGACAGAAUUCUGGCAAACGCGUGUCACCGUCACCAGAAGCCCAAGUCGAGAUUGCCGUCGCUGGUUGAUUCAGCCAGACAAACAAUGGCCGUCAGUAGCGGCAGCAGCGUUGGCAUGCAAGGUCUGAGCGGUCUGAAAGCACUGAGCCAAGGAAGUAGUAGUAGUAGUAGCAGCAGCAGCAGCAGCAGCAACAAACCGGUAUCGCUGAAGUCCUUGUCGUUGCUAGGAAAGAGCGGUAGCGGCAGUGGUGUCAGGCCAAUCUCUCUCAGGUCCCUGUCCUCGCUGGGCGGACCGCCAAAGCCUAACCCUGCUGCGUCGCUGGCCAGCAGCAGUGUGGUUGGCCAGGCUCUGGCAGCUCUCAAACCCCAGUCGACCCAGCAGCAGCAGGGCCAGCAGGCACCUACAGCAACGGCAAAGGCUGGGCCUGGCAAAAGCAAGUCUGGCGGGACUUUUGGCCAAAUCUUCGACGCCGACGCUAAGAAACUUUGCUGGACGCACACUGCCUUCACUGAGGCCAAUCACAUCGCCAAGAACCGCUGCUGACAAGUCGCUCGGUGCUGCUGCUGCCGGCCGCACGCGUGCAUCUCUGGCCAUUGACA